AUGCCAUCUGUUGCUCAAGUUAACCCUAACCAUAUGAUGAAUUCUAGUCUUAAUAUUAAUCCUCGACCCGCUCCACAACUGCAGCAUAAUCGUCCUGGUGAUUGUCGAGAAUGGGAAGAUAAUGAGAAUAGGUUGUCUAAGAACUGGAAUGUCGGCUUAUCAGGCCCUCCCGACCGCAACAAUUUGUUGUGGAACGCGCCUAUAGGUGUGACAGAUACUGAAGACCAACUCGGUGGAGGUGCGUUGCACAGAAGACAGCCAGCUACUGUUUCCCAUCAGGAAGCCGUUUGGAAUAGUGCGAAUACUGUUCAUCCGUCCGGUGGUCGCCCGGUGCUCGGUGGAACUCGACCUAUACUCUCAGCACAUAAUCAACCAGAAGUUGAUACUUGGGACGGUGAUUCAAGUUUUAUGCGAUCUAAUAUGAAUCCAAACGGUGGUAUGGUUUCGUGGGAUACUUCACCCAAUAGUAUGAUUGGUGCUAAUUGGGGGAAUCCAGGAAACUCUGGUUUACUAAAUUCCAUGCAAACACAAUUGCCUUCUGCUUCAGAUGACAUCAGACGUCAGCAUAACUACAUGGGUUCAAUUUCAGUUACUCAGGGAUCUGAUCGACUACAAGUUCAUCCAUACAGCAAUACUUACCGUGCUGAUCUAGUUAAAUAUUUAAUGAGUCAAGGUUAUAAGAAAGAGGAUGCACAUGCUGCACUGAUUGCUUGUAAUAUGGAACCAGAAAAAGCCUUAUCUGAAUUACGUGAGCGUUACAGCACCAAUAGGACCAUGACACAACCUUCAGAUAUUAAUCGUAAUUACGGAGUUAAUGGUGCAUCAUCAUCAUCGUCAUCACACACAGGAACACGAAACGGACCAAUUCAUCAAUUGUCAAAUGAUACUUCAUCAUUAUCUCAGUUAUCACUUUCAAGCAAUAACCCUACACCCUCUGCACAAAAUCAUCGUUUAAAGCAGUCAGGACCAUGUGUCACUACACAAAGUAAUACAAACCAAUUGCUGUCGUCUAUGCAACCAGUUGCUAAUUCUCAAUUAAUGAGACAACAAAUCACUCAACAGGUUCGUUCGGCUUUAAAUCUUCCACUACCGAAUCCAUUGGGUGUACAAAUAAAUGGAAAUAGUUCAGUAGGUACUUGUGGUGGUUCACUUUUAGGUCAACCACCACCGCCUUCUUUAUCCAGUGUUAACUUGAAUACUCCAAUUCUACCGUCUACGAAUAACGCCGCACAUCCACUCACCGGUGUUGGUGGUGGUGGUUUACCGCCUACAACUACUCUAGGUCCUGCUAAGAAUAUUAAUAGUAAUAUAAAUAACAAUAUCAAUACUAAUACUACUAAUAAUAAUCGCACACCAAUUGGGUCAGCAGUAGCAGCUUUUAAUCAAAAUCCAGCGAAACGAUCACCUCGUCAAUUAUCUAUCAUUAACUCAAUAAUUGAUUUGCAAAAGAAACAUCAGAGCAUUCAGCAUCAAUUGACAGUAUAUCAUAAUAACCCGGCGCUUCGUUCUCAACCUCAGUAUGCUGAUGUGUUUGUUGAGCUACAAGGUCAGAUGCAGCAAAUCGAGACUCAACUUCAUGCAAAACGCGCACAGCUUAAUUUAGCUCGCACACAAGAACCAGGAGCACAAUCGGUGGUACGACCACCACUGUUACCACCAAAUGGUGCUGAUGUUGCCGAUAACUCUUUUCCUGCUAUUGGUACAUGGAUGUCUCCUUCACCAAAUUGUGCGGAGAAUUUCGAUAAAACCUUGACAGAUGGUCCAGGUUCAAAGUCAAAUCAUUUUUCGCGUACUGGAACAACCGGCAAAGCUUCUAAUAGUAAUAGUAGUAACAGUAACUGGUCACCUACAUGGUCAACAUCGGUGAACAAUACAUCAAAUUUAACUAAUCCCACUAUGCGCACCAAUCAUGCUCAAUGGCAGCAGCAGCAGCAGCAAGCUAACAACAGCAACAAUAAUAAUAAUAAUAACAACUGUCAAAUUCGUCCUAAUUUAGACAAUAACAUGAAUUUUCCGGUGGUAAAAAAUAAUUCUGUAGGUGGUGGUAGUGUUCACGGUGUUAAUGAAAUGCAAGGCCAAUGGUUAUUAGUACAACCAUUGAUUGGAUUGCCUGGAGCUAGUAGUAUACACAAUCUACAGAAUAUUUUAUCAACACAUUUCAAACUGACAAGUUUUCAUGUUCUAAAUCCAAAUACAAAUAGUGUUUUAAUUCGCCUUCAUACUAUGGAAGAGACAGUGCAAUUGAUUAAAACUUUCGGUGAUCGUUUAGCGCUUGAACCAUUAUCAGAUCUGGAUGCUCGUGUUCACUUACAACAAAUAUCUCUAAACACGUGUUCAGAUGGUUUCACCUCAUCAUCAUCAUCGUCUAAUCAGUAUAAUGCAUUAUCAGAUAUACACACCAAUUGGAAUAAUAGUAAUGCUACAACUAUUAAUAAUAACAAUAAUAACGGCCAGUUCUAUGCUUUAAAUUCCAUGAACAACGGCAACAACAACAAUAGCAAUAAGAAGCCUAAUCAUCAAAUCUCUCGUUUUGGAAUCACCGUAUGCGGAAAUAAGUAG